AUGUCAAAUAUGGCUAUAGAAAUACAGCCAUUCUUUGGUUCGGUUGCUGACCAACUUUCUGAAGAACAAAUUGCAGAAUUCAAGGAAGCCUUUUCUCUAUUUGAUAAAGAUAAUGACGGUACUAUUACCACUAAAGAACUCGGUACGGUUAUGAGGUCUCUUGGUCAAAAUCCUACUGAAGCAGAGUUGCAGGAUAUGAUCAACGAAGUUGAUGCCGAUGGUAAUGGCACAAUUGACUUUCCUGAAUUCUUGACCAUGAUGGCCCGCAAGAUGAAGGAUACUGAUUCUGAAGAAGAGAUUAAAGAGGCCUUCAAAGUUUUCGAUAAAGACGGUAACGGUUUCAUUUCUGCUGCUGAAUUAAGACAUGUCAUGACAAACCUCGGUGAGAAACUUACUGACGAAGAAGUUGACGAAAUGAUUCGUGAAGCUGAUGUUGACGGUGACGGUCAAAUUAAUUAUGAAGAAUUUGUCAAGAUGAUGAUGACCAAGUAG